AUGACUGCCAGGAACGACGCGCGCGACAUUGAGGUUGUGCUGGGUGCAAAUAUCACAGACGCUGUUCCUAGCCGUCCGGGAGGGCGCCGAGAGCUCCGUGCUUGGGUCAUCGAUUUCAACCAGGUCAAGGAGUUCAAUUUCACGGAAGGUCAGAUCCCGUUGCUCGUUGACGCCUUUUAUGCGAACGAGGCGUAUUUUCCUCGUGCAAGGCUCGCCGAUUCGCUAUACGAUGUCUUUUCCAAGGCUUACCUCGAGGAGUGCAACAAGAUUGGAGAGGUCGCAGGGCAGCUUGGCCACAAGUUCAUUAUAGAACUGGAGGCAGAGCAAGCUCUCAAAGAUGCAGAGAAAAUGAUGCCAGAAUGUGAUUGA